AUGGAGGUAUACACAACUGCUAGCACCGCAAUUCAUGACAUAUACGCGAUUACAGUUUUCAUUCGUACCGUAAUUCAAGACGUCAAACAGCGGCAGCAAGCCCUCGAAGAUAUCCAAGCUCAGCUCGAACAUGAGUUUCUUUUUCUUGAGACCUUCAACAUUCUCUUCUUCGGCGACGACGACCGCUCCGGUCCGUGGUUCAGAAGUCUGCCGGAUUUAUUCCAGCGAGAUCUUAACAACAUUCUCACCAGUUUGAGACGCUGCCUUGACGCUUAUGACAACGUCGCUCUGAAACACGGCUUGAACCUGUCCGAAGCGAAUUCAACUUUGGGCAGAGAAGACAAGCAGGACGAAUCUUCUACUCCGGAUACCCUACCUUCGGAAUCUUCGAAAAACAAGGUCGGGCGUUACCGGUCUAUUAUAGAACAGAUGACGAAGAAGAUUGCGUGGAAAGAGAGAAUGAAGAAACUGGAAUGGGCUUUGUUUGAUCAGGAAGAGGUCAAAAAGUUAACGGACCAGUACAGGGAAUGGACCGAGCGGCUGCGCCAGGUCAUGACCCUCAUCCUUCUCAUGAGCGGAAACCUUGGAGGCUACGCUAUUAGCGACCUCGGAGUUGACGUUGGAGCGAAAAUAAGUAAAGCCCUCGGCGUCACCAAAGCGGUUCGUCGUCAAAUCCGUGCAAAGUCAGAAGUUCCCAAAAAGUUUCCCGCAUUGGAAGGCAGCUUCGAUUCAGAUGGCAAUGGGCGUAUCACCAAAGCUUCCUCGUACACUGUUGGAGUCUUCCAUGACCAGCAAAGUGGAUCUUACAACGCCAUCAUGGAAACUCAUGACUUUAUCAUCGUUGACGAUGGCAGAUCGGAACGCGAGAGGCAAGAAAUGAAAUUGGAGCUCGUUCGCCGCCUGGCUUGGCUUCUCCAGGGUGAUAUCUCCACAGCCGAAUCCACUGACCCAAAUAAUGGCACAGCGCCGAUGUAUCUCCUCCAAUGUCUGGGAUAUUAUGUUUUGGGAACAAAGCUAUCCCUGAUUUACAAAGUCCCAUCCCAAGGUGGGACACCAACUACCCUUCACGACUGGAUGAUUCAUGACGAACGGAAAGAGUACGAGCUCGUCGAAAGAGAGAAAGCGGUCAGAGAAAAGGAAAAAAAUCCCAAGCCGAGUUCGAGGGAGAAAUGGGAGAUUUUAAAAGAGAAAAACAAGAUAUUAGAAGAGAGGAAGAAACUAGAAGCCGAGCGCCAGAAACAGCAGGCCAAUCUUUCCGACCGCUACUUCAUCGCUUGGGCGCUUGCGUCCACUCUCUAUAAUAUUCACGCCUCCGGUUGGGUCCACAAAGACAUCUGGUCUCGAGCGAUUCUAGUCUUCCGGGCCGCUAACGCCCCCUUAUCUAGCCAACGAAUUAUUCCCUAUCUUCUGGGCUGGUCUGUCUCACGCCCACAGACCGAGGAGUACCGCGAUGUUUCUAAAAGACAAAUUCCUAACCAUAAGAACAAAGACGAUCUAGAAGACAAUCCUGAUGCGGAUGGCGAAAUUGAGAAUGGAUCGGACUCCGACCCCGGUUCUGACGAGGAAUCUGAGUCAUCUAGGGCUCAGGUAUUCGACCUAGAGCACGAACUCUACCGCCACCCGGAGAGGUACUACGGUAAAACGGCAACCUAUGAAAACAAGCACGAUAUCUAUUCUCUUGGAGUAGUACUAUUAGAGAUUGGUCUUUGGUCCACAAUCUCUAUCGAGAUGAGUACCGCGAUUGACACAGCGCGAAAAAGUUCAUCAGCUCCGCCAACACACAUCAUGGAACGGCUACAAGAGCAAAUCAGGCUGAAGAGUGAGGAUCAACGGCUAGCCAACCAGAUGGGUCCGGGAUAUGCAGAAAUUGUCCGCAGAUGCCUCACAGGGUCGUUUGACUGUUUGAAGGGGAACUCAAAGAGUAACGAUGGGGGAGACGCUGAGCUAACAAGGGAAUUCCAUGAGCUGGUGGUGGAACCGCUUCGGCUUAGAGCGACGAUGGGUUGA